UACGUCUCGUGAUAGUUUUUAGACGAUAGGGUGAAAAGUGCGGGUCUCGCAUAAAUUGACCGGGAAAUUUAACGUAUUUGAUAAUCGAACAUCAUUGCUUUCCAUUUUCACAAGUGAUACUGAGUCUAAAGUUAUGUGAUUAUUUUAUAUUCAGAUUAUGAUGUCACUACUUACUUAUUUUGAACGAAGUUAUCACAUAACAACACAGUUUAUAACCUCACUUUUAAUGUGAGUUAACAAGACUCAGUAAAGGAAUAAAGAAUAUGAGUCUCUCGAGUUUGUACAAACUGUAGGUAAAAAUUCAAUUGUAUCUCAUUUGUGAGAAUGAAAAGAGACGUGCAUUCAACUGAGUUAUGACAUCACAAACAAGAAAUUAUAUGAGAUUAGUGUAAAUGGAAAGCAACUAAAAAUAAUUACGCAAGGUCAGCGACAGACAGCCGAAAAGCCGAAAGGAUACCGAGCGUAAAUUGCGAGAAGAGGAAUCGUAGGACACAACAAAUAGUGUCAAACGAUCGUGAUCACUGUGCAUAUCACGAGUCAGCUGAUCGUGUACGAACGAACAUCCUUGCACGUCUGUUCAGGAUCGCGUGGACCAUGGCGCGUAAGGAUGCCCCUUCGAUUUUCGAACGAUUGCAGAUGUUUAUGGAGGACGAGAUGAGACCAGGAAGGCUUAUUACUUACGGAAUUGCCAGUGCCGGCCUGUUCGCAGCCCUGUACAAAAUUAGACCUUUCGCCAAAUUCACGAAACCGUCUGACGUCCCAUUGCAUUUCCUGCAAUCACGAGUCCCGCUUCAGGGUACUGUACGGCACGUGGAACCAAGCUCUACCAGGGUUUUGCUAAUGGUCGAUCAUCGACCUUUACUGCCUUUUCUCCAUUUAAACAGCAAGACUUACUUGCCUGUCAAAAUCGGUGGCGUUAACAUUACAGGCAACGGUGUAAGUUGGUUGCAAACCGUGCUCAAUGAAAAAUUCAUCACGUUUGUGCCUGUAGUUAAAGAAAAGGAGUAUUUGGAGUGCGUGGUUGCGAUGCCACAGAAGGAUCAAGACUCGUUAGAGAUUGGCGAGGAACUAGUCAAAUUAGGUCUAGCUACAGUACACGAACCUUGGAUAAAGCUAAAGGAUAAGCAAGUUCUAGCGUAUAAAAAGUCUUUAACAAACGCGCAAAAGUGGGCAGUACGUAGGAGAAAUGGAUAUUGGCAUUUUGUCAAACAGCCAACUGUUUUAUGGAAGAUACAAAUGUUCAUGAUUGAUAAAAUGAAAUCAUUGUUGCCUACGAUUGUAGUAAAACGACUUGAUCUGUGAAUGUUCGACUUUGACAAUAAACUUCCUGAGUGAUAUAUUUUUUAAUAGUUUGUACAAGAGAGAGAAUGCAUGUAUUAUGUACUUAAGAUU